AUGGCCAUUGAUGACUUACCAAAUUCUAUUUGUUUUGAUAGCAAACCAAAGUUUGCGUGCUUGUGGAUACUCAAGGUUUACAGUAAAAGUCACUCCUCUUACUAUGCCUGGCUUUCCUCGUCUUAUGGUCUUGAUUUUGCGCACUAUAUGGUGUUUUUGCCAGGUUCAAAAACUGUUCGUCUGCCUACCCUCAAUAUCGCAAACGAGGGAUGGCUGAUGACAAAUAUAAAUCUAAAGGCUAUGCAACUGAAAAAGCCCGAAUUUUGGAAACCGAGGCGAGGGCAUUCUGAAGGUCAAACAUCUACAAAUAGAAUCAAAAAUACUCGGGAAAAUUAUUUGGGUCACGAAAAAAGUCGAAACAUUGAUCCUGAUGGCAGGCUUACUUAG